AUGGCUGGACACGAAUGGGAUGACUGGUUCGACCGGGAGGAAUUUAUUGGACAGAUAAGCGACAUGCGAGUGCAGAACCUGCAAGUUGAGAGAGAAGUGGUUCAGAAGAGGACCUUUACUCGAUGGAUGAAUCUACAUUUAGAAAAGUGUAAUCCACCCAUUGAAGUCCAAGAUCUUUUCCAAGAUAUUCAGGAUGGGCAUAUCCUCAUGGCGCUUCUGGAGGAGCUGUCUGGCUGCAAGCUGCUUCACGGAUUCAAGAAGUCGUCACAUCGAAUUUUCAGACUUAACAAUAUUGUCAAAGUCUUGUCUUUCCUUGAGGAGAGAAAAGUGAAGCUCGUUAGCAUUGAUGCUGCCGAUGUUGUAGAUGGAAACUCAUCAAUCAUCUUGGGACUUAUCUGGAACAUUAUUCUCUUCUUUCAGAUUAAGGAGUUGACUGGCAACAUACGGAGCCAAUUCCCUUCAACCUCCAGCUUGGCAUCCAUACCUACCAGCACCGACAUUUCCAAAUGCAACACUUCAUUGGCUGAAAAAGAGAUGACAACCACAGCCAGAAGAGUACACAGUAAAGCCUACAAAAAACUACUCCAAUGGGUACAAAAACAAACGCGCAAGUAUGGCGUAGCCGUUCAGGACUUUGGGAAAAGUUGGACAAGUGGUCUUGCUUUCCUUGCAGUCAUUAAGUCCAUUGACCCCAGCCUAGUAGACAUGAGGAAGGCCCUGCUUAGAAGUGCACAAGAGAAUCUUGAAGACGCGUUCAAGAUUGCCCACUACAGCUUGGGUAUCCCACCCCUUUUGGAGUCUAAAGAUGUGACUAUCAGUGCACCAGAUGAACAAUCCAUCAUGACAUACGUUGCGCAGUUCCUUCAGCACUUUCCUGGGAUGGAAGAGCGAUCAGAGCCUUACCCCAUCAUCCAAAGCAGUAUUUCAAUGGGACGACUCAACAUCAGUGAACUUGACACCCACGUUUUGGGAAAUGGUAUUCAUGGCAACAGAGUGAGAGAGAGAUGCAUGAUGUUCCAGGCGGAAUGUGCAAAAGCCCCACCCAAAAGAUUUCCUUUUGUGCCAGCCGACAGAAGGGACAGUUCACCGUCCAUUCUACCGUGGCUAAGUGAAGAUGUCUUAGCCGAUUUCACUUCCACGGAAGACAAUUCAAGAAGUGCAAACAAAAAUUCUGAAGAACCUUUGGACGAAGUCUUAACUGACAUAACUGACAACCCUCUACCAUUGACACACAGUGACUCUCUCUUUGAUUCUUCAUUGCCUGAGUUGAUUCAAUCUGUGUCAGUCAUGGAUGAUUCUGCUAUCGGCUCUCCGAAUUCCUGGGCGGAAAGCGAGGAUGGAGUAAUUCAAGUGAAAUCUUAUGAGAGUCCAAGCUUAAACCAAGAUUGUGACUUUACCGUGCCUAUGCCUUUUUACCCAUAAAAAGAAGAAACCUCUCUUACAGAGCUACUUGAUAGUAAAACGCAGAGCCGACAGUCUGUUUUGAGUGUAGCUGCCUUGGAGCCAGUGGCAACCGAGACUCUACCUGAAGCUCAACCUUUGAAUAUUAUGGUUGAAGACGUCUUUGUCAAGUUGAUUAAUGAAGACAAGGAGAAGACUGCGAUCAAACCUGAAACUUCUGAUUGCAAAGAGGAGUGGCAGUUCCGUGGGGGGCAACUCGGAGGACUCAAAGAAAGUGUUGACUGCAGCAAUAUAAUUGAAGCUCAGCAGAGUAAACUCUGCUCUUCCUGGAGGGGCACAGACUCAAUGAGUUGGAUUGACAGCUGGGAGCUUUACCUGCUGUUCUUGCUAUGGCUGCUGCUCUACUGCUUCUGGCUCUUGCCACAAAUGGACCUGAAGACUUUGCUCAGUUUGCUGUUCAACAAUAACCACUGA